AUGGAGCGGACACGGAGUGAGCUUCUCCCAUUCCUGACAGGCUCGUUCAUUCUUGAUCCCUUAAAAACCAAGUUGCAGAAAGCCAUCGGGCCAGAGAUUACCAAGAAGGACUUGGUGCCAGCCUUCCAGAACCUGCUGAAAGACUGUGAAGCGGAGGUGCGGGCAGCCGCUGCGAACAAGAUCAAAGAUUUCUGUGAGAAUCUGCCUACAGAGGGACAGCAGCAGAUUAUAAUGACACAUAUUCUGCCCACUAUUAAAGACAUGGUAUCGGACGCGAAUGAGCAUGUGAAGUCUGCUCUAGCUGCUGUUAUUAUGGGCUUGUCUCCGAUGCUGGGGAAGGAGAACACCAUCGAACAUCUCCUGCCCCUCUUCCUCGCACAGCUGAAAGAUGAUUGCCCAGAGGUCCGACUGAACAUCAUUUCCAAUCUGGACUGUGUGAACGAGGUGAUUGGCAUCAGGCAGCUGUCACAGUCUCUACUCCCUGCCAUCGUUGAACUGGCAGAAGAUGCCAAAUGGCGGGUGCGAUUGGCCAUCAUUGAGUACAUGCCUCUGUUGGCAGGCCAGCUGGGUGUUGACUUCUUCAAUGAGAAACUGAACUCACUCUGCAUGGCUUGGCUGGUGGAUCAUGUCUACGCCAUUCGUGAAGCAGCCACCAACAAUCUGAAGAAGCUCACCCAGAAGUUCGGCAAGGUCUGGGCUCAGAACACUAUCCUCCCCAAGGUGCUGGCUAUGUCAUCCAAUCCCAACUACCUCCACCGGAUGACCACACUCUUCUGCGUCAAUGCUCUGUACGAAGUCUGCGGGAAGGACAUCACCACCAAGAUAAUGCUGCCCACCGUCCUGCGGAUGGGGAGUGAUGCUGUGGCCAAUGUGCGUUUCAAUGUAGCCAAGACACUACAGAAGAUCGGGUCCACCCUGGAUUACAGCCCGUUACAUAACGAAGUGAAGCCAGUGCUCAAUAAACUGAGCAAGGAUCAAGACAUCGAUGUGAAAUACUUUGCCCAGGAAGCAUUAAUCGUGCUGUGCCUGAAUUAAUGCGGAGUCGAUCCACAGUCAUUGCCGUACCGGAGCAGAGUGGCUUCUCCUCCACACUAACGAACACACCCUGGGCAGGCAGGAAGGAAGGAAAGAAUACUCAAAGAGAUUCAUCUCUUAGCCAGAGGCCUAAAGUGGUCAGUUUAUCAUCUCGCUGCAACUACUGCCUUGUCCACCAUUGUUACCUCUCGUUUCCCUCCCCUUCCCUUGCUCCACUGUCCUGUUUCCUUUUAAACCUGCAGUUUACAAUGUUACAGUUGAAAUGUUGGUCAUUUUCUGUUGCUGUUCCAACUGAAUGAAUUGUUGUAAAAUAAAGAUGGUUCAAGAGUUUACUUCA